GGAGUCGGUUGUAAAAUUCGAGUUUAAGCCAGUCCAAAGGACUUCCAACAAUGCGACGGUGAGUCAGUGACGUUGCAAAGGAAAUAGUCCGGAGAACAGAGAGUGUCAAACUGGAAUGCUCGUAACUGAUGAGCAUGACCACUGCAAUCUCGAUGAUCUCUUUGAGACCCAUUAGCAGUCGGGUCCAUCAAAUCCAACAGCACAAUCCAAUUAUUGCUCAACAUCGUCCUUCUCUCACGGUUUCCUUCUCUCUGCAAACUCACUGUCAAAAACUCGUAGAUGAAUUUGACCCUCAUAUACCCAUCGAAAAAGCCUCCACUCCACCCAGCUCCUGGUAUACUGAUCCUUCCUUUUUUGAUUAUGAACUCCAUCGCGUCUUCUACAGAGGCUGGCAGGCUGUUGGAUACACAGAACAGAUAAAGGAUCCUCGAGAUUUUUUCACUGGAAGAUUGGGAAAUGUAGAGUUUCUUGUGUGUAGAAAUGAUGAUGGCAAGGUUCAUGCAUUUCACAAUGUGUGUCGCCAUCAUGGCUCUCUUCUUGCAUCUGGAAGUGGGCAAAAGUCUUGCUUUGUUUGCCCAUACCAUGCAUGGACAUAUGGGUUAGAUGGAGCACUUCUUAAAGCAACAAGAAUAACAGGGAUGCAAAAUUUCAAUUUAAAUGAGUUUGGGCUUAUUCCUAUAAAUGUUGCUACUUGGGGACCAUUUAUUCUUCUUAAUGUGGAAAAAGAGAGUAAACUUCAGCAGGGAGUUGAAGGCAGUAUGGUGGAAAAUGAAUGGCUUGGUAGCUGCUCUGAAAUACUGAAAAAUGGCGGAGUUGAUUCCUCUUUGAAUCAUGUUUGUAGGCGUGUAUAUAAUAUGGAGUGUAACUGGAAGGUGUUUUGCGACAACUACUUAGAUGGUGGUUACCAUGUGCCAUAUGCACAUAAAGCUUUGGCGUCUGGUCUUAAGCUUGACUCUUACUCAACUUCAGUAUAUGAAAAGGUUAGCAUCCAAAGAUGUGAAGGAAGCUCAACACAAAGUGCGGAUGAUUUUGGUCGGCUUGGAUCAAAAGCUUUAUAUGCUUUCAUUUAUCCUAAUUUCAUGAUCAAUAGGUAUGGACCUUGGAUGGACACCAAUCUGGUGCUUCCAUUAGGAACAAGCAAAUGCCAAGUGAUAUUUGACUAUUUUAUUGAAGCUUAUCAUAAGGAUGACAAAGCUUUCAUUGAGCAAAGUCUUGUAGACAGUGAAAGAGUGCAGAUGGAAGAUAUUUUGCUAUGCGAAGGCGUUCAGAGGGGACUCCACUCGCCGGCAUAUUCGGUUGGUAGAUAUGCUCCCACAGUUGAGAAAGCUAUGCAUCACUUCCACCAAUUACUUUAUGAUAACCUUAAAAUUUGAGCUUUUCUACUGCAUUAUUCACAAGUUUCAUGAAUUGUCCAGUAUUUUCUCAUGUUUGAUCCUGUAAGAUGAAAGGGCUUAGGAAAAACACAUCUUGUGGCAUUUUGCUUUUUAAGGCAGCUUUGAUUGCUCUACAUAAACCACUCAAACUUGUAUAUAUUUUUUUUUAUUUUUCUAUUGAGAACUUUUUUGGUGGAAAAAUGUAUAGUUCAUGAGAAAUUCAUUAAAGGCUUUUUUAAAAUACUAAAUUAUUUGUACUACUUUUUGAAUAGCUUCACUACUUAAUGUAAAGCAUGAAAAGUGCACAAAUUCCUCA